GGAGAGCGCCGCCGCGCCGGCGGGUGCAGACGUAUAGUGGUGCGGGGUGCGGGACGAAGCGGGCCUCUUGCCGCUGGUCUGGAGGCUUAGAGUUGAUAGUGGAGUGAGUGAUAGCGCAGCCCGAGCGGGUGCGCGGCCCGGGCCCGGGGGCCUACAUGGCGUGAGUCAGUCCAGCAGUCGCAGCCGCCACGGCCGCCAAGAAGACCAAGCACCAGCACACAUCGACCGCCUCCUGCCUCGUCUGCCGGAACGGGUCGACGGGAGUGCACUCGGCGGCAUCCGCGGAGAGAAUGAUGGGCCGGCAGUGGACGCCACUCGCGGCCGCGCUGCUCCUGCUGCUUGUCGGCGCCGCCCCCUUGGCGACCGCAGCGCUGGGCGACGAUGAGAGGGUGUGCCCCACGGUGAGGGCCAUCCGGCACCUCCAUCUGCACGACAUGCUGGGUCACUGGUACGUGGUGCAAUACUACGCGUCCAGCGAGGAGCUGCCAGAGUACCGGUGCAUGCGCGCCGACUUCAGCCUGAGCACGGCGCCGUCGACCGCCGCUCCCGGGCCCCGCGUCACCAUGAACUUCACGUACGCCUUCAGCGACGACCCCAUGGGCGAGCGGCUGCGGGGCAACAUCACGUGGCUGCUGCCGGACCUGGGGCGGCCCGCGCACUGGAGGCACCAAGAGGAGUCCUAUCAGGGAGUGUACAACACUUAUGUGCUGGACUCGGACUACACGACGUGGGCGCUCCUGCUGCACUGUGCCGAACAGGAGGGCUCGCUUCGCUACCUGUCCUCCUUCAUCCUGAGCCGCGAGCCCGACCUCCCCGCCAACGUGCAGGCCUACCUCCGGGACAAGCUCACGCGCUACGCCAUCGACCUCGAGUUCAUGUUUCCCAUGGCCCAGGACGACUGCGACAACCUCGUGGACAUUGACGGCCCCGUGGAACCCGGGUCCGGGUCCGGCGGCCCCGAUGAACAGGUCGUGACCCAGGAGCGGCCGCGGCCCGACAGGAAGCACCCCAUGCAGCGCCACCACAAGCCGAGGAGCCAGGGGUGACCGACACCCUCGGCAUCGCCACGAGCGUCAAGCGCUGACCAAGUUAUUGAAAUGACGGUUUGACAUUCAUUCUGAAGUGAUCAGACCAAAUACGACGAGAGUGGUCAUCAAUGAAGACUAUGGAACUGAGAUUUCGAGAAAUUGGUCAACAUUUUAUCAAGUGUCCGUCGGGUAUAUGCAAGAAUUAAGAGAGAACUUGCAUCAGGGUAAAAGUUUGAAUGGCUGCGUUGUAAUGUAAAUGAAAAGCAUGAUGCCCGCUACGGACACUGACGAUACUAUGUGUACUCUUUUUAAUCUACACACGGGCAAGUAUUACAUUAAUAAUGUACAGAUGUGAGAUGUAGAGUACAGCGAGUAUUCUCACAUUUCAAUUUUGAAUAACUGCGUCGUUUUCCGUUCACUUGUGUAAAUCCUAUUUAAAAUUAAAUGUUGUGUUGUUGAAAGUAA